UUGGGAUCUGGAUGUUCUACACUCCUUCUGCCGCCAACCCCAGGGAGGAGGAGGAGGGGGGAGGAAGCCACCUGUGUAUUUUAACCCUAGAGACGUCCCUGGAUACAGAGAUAGACGGAUACACAGAGUGUUAAUCUCAUGUGACGUCACUACCACACACAUUAAAAAAAAGACCCGACUUCAUUGGCAAAUGGGCAUCUGUUGGUUCUGUUUCCUAAGUCAGGAAGCAUUCUGACCAGAAGGGAGGGGGUGUGGUGGGGAAUCAAGUUCCGGGUCUUCCCUCGGAUCAGCCUUCAAAUCCUCAUCUCCGCUUGUGUUGACUGACUGGCAGUGAUCUCAAUCGGCUCACAGAUAGCGACGGCGCUCCUUUCAGCGUUUCAUAGGCGCUUUCUCUCUCUCUCUCUCUCUCUGCGUGUGUGUGUGGGAGGGACUAAAGGAAAGCUCCCCUCCGCCACAGCAUCGUGCAUUAGUAGGAGGAGGGGAAAUGGGGGGGAACUCAAAGCACACUCGCCGAUAAGGUUUCUUUUUUUUUUCCUCCACCCCCCCCCCUAAUCUCUCCUCCUGGUCCUGUGGCUGGAAGAAGAAGGAGUCGAUCGGGAUGCUGAGGUAGCGCGGGAUGCUGUGGAGUGGAGACGUCGUGGGAGGAAGUCUCAGAGAGAAACACGAAUGGCUUCCCCGAAGCUGCUUCCCGCAAAGGAGGCAGGCAAGCAGUCCGAGCUGAACCCAGAAGCACUCGACCGGGUUUCCGGUGUGCAGCACGCCCGGAAGUCGGCCGGAUCAACAGGAGAGGGGCUCCCCGGGGAGGGCGGCUGCGCUCCCGCCCGCGGCAGCGGCAGCCGCGGCCGGUGCCUUUCAGCACCGAGGACAGCGCAGCGCAGGGCGGGCGCGGAGGGGAAGCUCUGCCCUCCCCCCGGCGGCGAGGAGAAGCUCCGAGUUUGUUGCGACGAGGAAUUGGAGACCUCCUUCACCUUCAUCGACGAGAACGUCAACUUGCGACUGGCCAGCCCGGAGACCGGCUGCAAAACUUCGCACAGGCCCGCCCGCAACGGCGAGCCUUGCUCCGAGACUCUGCCGGAGCUCUCGUUCAUGUCCGAGGACGACCUCUCCUUCGGCGAAGGCUCCGGGAGCUCCGUGGACUACGGCUUCAUCAGCGCGGUCACGUUCCUGGUGACCGGGAUCUCCCUGGUGAUCAUCUCCUACGCCGUGCCGCGGGACGUGGAGGUGGACCGCGACAGCGUGUCGGCGCGGGAGAUGGAGCGGCUGGAGAUGGAGAGCGCCCGGAUAGGCGCCCACCUGGACCGCUGCGUGAUCGCGGGACUCUGCCUGCUGACGCUGGGCGGCGUCGUGCUCUCCACGCUGCUCAUGAUCUCCAUGUGGAAGGGGGAGAUGUACAGGAGGAAGCUUGUGGCCUACUCCAAGCGCUCGGCCAAACUGUACGGCUCCAUCAGCCUGAAGACAAGAUCCAGCCCCAGCCACUCGUCUGCCCGCUUGUCCUUGGAGGAGGAGAUGGUGGAGACUUUGGCUUAAGCCGCCGCUCCGCAUAGAAACGCUUGUUUGUUUUGAAUGAGGAUUAACGUCAGCCACGCACAUUUCAUAACUGCUGAACUAGCUAUUACAUGUAAGACGCUACAAUGGUAGGGAAUGGGCUGAAUGGAGGUCCUAGAUGUGUUGAAAUUUGAACCUAUGUUCAGACUAGGGUAAUAUGAACAUUGGAUUCAAACUACCCUGUGUUUGAACCCUAUGGUAUUAGUGAUGAGGUUUUUUUUUGCUCAUCACUAAUACCAAAUCAGCCUGAGCAAGAGGAACGUGGUCCACAUGGAUGAUAGCUGGAGAAUGGCCACAGCUACUUUUCUGCCAAUUUUUGGGCCUGUAUGGGUUCCACAUUUAAGAGAGACCAUAGAAUCAGCUGUUGAUUGGGGUUUCCAUGCCAACAGGGGCAAGAGCACUAGACCUACCCAUGUGGUAAAUUACCCCCAGUCAGCAGGUAUGUGGGCCAAUCAUGGACUUUGCCCAGGCUGGAUGGGCACUAAGUAGACACGGCUUCUUCUGGAGGAUCCAAAUGGGUCAACUUGAUAACUGAUGUCAGCAAAACAACUCUCAUUAAAAAAGAAUUAGACUUUUAUUAUUAUUGAGUUGUUAAACAAUAAGUCAAAUUCCAGACAACACUUCUAGGGCCAUGUGGAUACCACUUUGUGUCCAGAGUUGAUCUAACCUGCUGUAUGAAUGAAGAUGCAUCCACUAUGUAAACCAGGGACUGUCCCAAUACAAGCCAUUUUGUCAGCCCAUUUCCUGCCUAUAGAGUCCCAUAUGUAAGCCAAGUGAACUAGGCCAACCAGCCUCCACGAACACUUCAGUUCUCACACAGAUUAAAGAAAAUAAAAUAAUCUAAUUUGUGAUUACUUUUUUGAAGAAUAACCUUACAUUUAGAUUCACAUUCACAAAAUUUACUAAGGAUUAAAAGCGUCAGCCAUAUGCUGUAAUGAUCAUUGAGUACAACCAACUCAUAAUGACGACACAAGAUAUAAUCAAUUUUUUUUUAAAAAGACAACUAACUCCCAUCCCCCCGCCCCAACAAAUUGGUCUAACAAAUACAUUUUUUUAAAAGAAUGUCUGCUCCGUUUAGGUUAAUCUGCUUCAGGUUUCAUUUGUCUGCAUAUUCUUGUCUGUCAAUUCGUUUCUAAUGCCCAAAAAACGCAUUAAAAUGUCCCUUUUGUGUUUUCACAAAAAAUAAAAUGAAAUAAAACUUUUAUGAAUCUGACAUUGGUCAGUGUAAUAUAAUUAAGGUGACAAAAUCUGUGUUUUGGAUUUUGAAACAGACAUAAUUAAAUGCAGUCGGGAGUCAUUAAAGUACCAAACGCUACCUUCCGCAUUUUUUUUAACGGUAAAUGGUCACAGUUUCUUCGUGACAAAUAGAAUUUCCUGUUGGUUUAGGUGCUGAUGGAAAUUCAUGUUUUCAGACAGCCGAACAUUUUUAUUAGUACAAAUUUAAAGAAACACAACAUUACCUACCCACAUCUACAAAUGAAAAAAUACAACAUUUAAAAAAUAAAACCCGGCAGAGUUGGGAAACCUGAGACAUUGCUGACUGGACAACCUUUGCCACCGGAAGUUAUUCUGACUUUCCCGCGUUUGUCGAAAAUCUGAAUUUCAACAAACGUAGCAGUAGGUACACGAUGGAAACGUAGCUGCCGCUAUCGAGCCUAAACUGCUUCAUUCUUUUUGGCAGUUCAGGCAAUACAAAAUACGACGAAUGUUUGCCUACUUGUCUUUAGAAAGAGAGAUAAAACGCCAGUAUAGUUUUCGGUUCUAAAGUUAAAAGAGGCGUUGUCCAAACAGCGAUGUCUCAGGGAUCCCACUCUGCCUUUUCUGUUUUGUAAAUGCCAUCAUGUAUUCUACAUGCCUACUUAAUAUUGUUGUGUUUUUGAACAUGUUGUUGUGUUUUAGUCAUUUGUUGACGUGGUUUGCACGUCGUGGCCACCGUAAAUUGUGUCUUUUUUUUUUUUUACCGUCGCAAGAUCUCGAAUCGUGAGAUUUCUUGACUCGCCCCCUUUUUAGCGAUCCCAGGAUAAUUCCACUUUUUGCCAUUUGUUAAUCGUUUCUGUUGUCCGCCUCCGAGCUGGAGCUCUAGUCCAUUCAAACUGGAACCGCACAAUAAUCAGAGACAAUUUUCGAAAAAUUGCCAAAUGACACUUAUAAACACAAUGAACCUAAUUGGCGCUAAUAGGGAAAUGACUGAGUUAAAUUAGAGAAAUAACAUUGUCUUCCCCAUUAAUUUACUGCUAUCCACCCAGCCGUUGUCUUUGCCACCUAUUCAGAAAAUAGAAACUAAAUGUUGUAACUCAUAUCAUUAAGGUCCUUCAAAGAGGCAGGGUUUCCCCUUUACGACUCCCCAAUACAUUUCAGGGUAACGGGACAAACAACUAAGGAACAUUUUUGAGGGAAUAGUGAGAAAUCUGGAAUACCUGGAGAGAAACAACAAGGGGAACAUGCAAACUGCAUGCAGAAAGACUUCGAACCCUCAACCUUUCUUGCUGCACAACAGUGAUACCCAAAUGCUAUUUAUACUAUAUAUACUGGUAUUUAUUCAUUAAAUAAUGGGAAGUGAAUUAUGUGAGGGUCAU